CCUUUAGUCGUCGUGGCCGUAAUAAUGUUCGUCGAUUAUAAAUUGUACCACGGAGGAAAAAAUUAUUGUUGGCUUCAAAUAGGAGCAUUCUAUUACGGAUUCCUCUUGCCGGUGGGAAUAGUUAUGCUGGUCAACUUGGUGGUAUUUUGUUUGGUCUUUUAUUCCGUCGCCUGGGCGAAAAAGCCGAAGCUGAAGACAGACGACAAGAAACUGGUUCUGGUACGGUUAAGGGCGGCAGUUUGCAUUUUAACCCUUUUAGGACUGUCGUGGACGUUGGGUUUCUUCGCCAUAAACAGCGCGAAAUUAGUGUUUAAAUAUCUGUUCACCAUUUUCGUCACUCUUCAGGGAUUCGUCAUCUUUCUGCUUCAAAUCGUCUGCAACAAAAGUGCCAGAGAUUUAUGGAUAAAGCAUUUUCGACGAAAACGUUCUGUCGGCGUAGAAGAUACCGUCAUGUUCAGUAUUAUUAGGAAAAACAAUCGAUGACAAUUUCCUUAAAUCUAUUUUACUGUAUUAAAACGUGCUUUGAGGUUGUGUAUUUCGCAGUAUUUUUAACUUUUCAUUAAUGUUUGAGAAGGACGUAUUUUCUA